UUUUCAAUUUAAUUCGUUAGCUACUUAGUUUGAUUAUUUUUGUAUUCUACACAUCUCCCACUGCGCUAACUGGCGGAACCAAUGUUUAUCUGAAGACAGUCUACUUUCAUCUACACGAACAUUAAAAGCGGUGUACUUGUCAAGACUCUCAUGUGGUAGCUACUGUAGUUGUAGACAGGAUACGUGAUGGAGACAAGUCCAGAUAAACCCAUGGAAAACCAAGGAUUAAACGGAACUGAAAAAGGCAAGGCAGCAAUCAAAUCUCAAUUCUUAACAACCAAAGAGAAAUUCCACAAUUUUCUAGACAAUGAAGGGAAGGGUCACACAGGCGAAAAGGUUUGCGAUGACAGCGUGGGUGGAGAGCGAUCAGAGGAGACGGAGGAGCCGUCGGAGAAGAGAAUGAAACUGGACGAAGACGAGACGGAGAAGUCAGGGAAGCCGGACGGCAAGCGACUGAGAGGACAGAAUAAAUCCCGGCCACACAUGAAACCAACGAGCUACGACGAGAGAAGACUGUGUCCCUCCAUCAUUCAGGAGCGUGAGAUCAAAUGUGUGUACGGCGACAAAUGCAAAUUCUUUCACGACAUCGCAGCGUACAUGGCCGCCAAGCCGGCCGACGUUAGCGACUGUUGCUACCUCUACGACACGUUGGGGAAGUGCCAGUACGGUCUCAGCUGCCGCUUCGCCAAGGCCCACACGGGGCCCGACCUCAAGAACCUCGUGAACGAGGAGCGGGUGAAAGCCUUGGAGGGAAGGAUGCUAGUUAAAAACACCCUGGAUAAGGACCUGCAGUGGCAACUGCGAAAGAGGAAAGUGUCCUUCAAGAUGUCCGCCGAGUACCUGAAAACCAUUUUCAAGGCCGGUGACCGAGGAGGAGAUGGCGCGAAGAAGGGUGCUGUUGAGAAGAAGCAAGGAAAUGGCAGCUGCUGUGCAGCGGAGGACUCGACUCCUGCAGGAGAGGAACCAGACACUCCCGCCACUCAACAGCCUGCAGAGGCGAGUACGGAAAAGCCAGCUGCAGUGAAGACUAUGGGGCCUCUGACUGAUGCCGACGUGAUCAAAUUACGACCUUCUGAAAAAAAGCAGGUGGAUUUUAAGGACAAACUAUACCUCGCCCCCUUAACAACGUGUGGAAACCUGCCUUUCCGGCGCGUAUGCAAGCGUUUCGGUGCUGACAUCACAUGUGGGGAGAUGGCCAUGUGCACCAACCUGCUUCAGGGCCAGUCGUCAGAAUGGGCCUUGCUGAAGAGGCACGAGAGUGAGGACCUGUUCGGAGUGCAGCUGGAGGGGUGCUUCCCAGACACCAUGACCCGAUGUGCAGAGCUGCUCAACAACAACAUCGAUGUGGACUUCGUGGACAUCAACUCCGGCUGUCCCAUCGACCUUGUGUACAAAAAGGGUGGAGGCUGUGGGCUGAUGACACGCACCAACAAGUUUGAGCAAAUCAUUCGAGGGAUGAACUAUGUUCUCGACGUCCCUCUGACGGUGAAGAUCCGCACAGGGGUCCAGGAGAAGUCCAGCAUCGCUCACAAGCUCAUCCCUGAGAUGAAGACCUGGGGCGUGUCCAUGAUUACGCUACACGGCAGAUCCAGAGAGCAGCGCUAUACCAAGAUGGCUGACUGGGACUACAUCAACACCUGCUCCAAGAUCGCCAGCCCCAUCCCUCUGUUUGGUAACGGAGACAUCUUGUCUUAUGAGGACGCCAUGAAGGCCAGAGAGACUGGAGUGUCUGGUAUUAUGUUGGCGAGGGGCGCUCUCAUUAAACCCUGGAUCUUCACGGAGAUCAAGGAGCGUCGCGACUGGGACAUCUCGUCGGCCGAGCGUCUGGACGUGCUGAGGGACUUCAGCAACUACGGUCUGGAGCACUGGGGCUCGGACACGCAGGGCCUGGAGAAGACCAGGAACUUCCUGCUGGAGUGGCUGUCCUUCAUGUGCAGAUACAUACCAGUGGGACUGCUGGAACGAGUGCCUCAGAAGAUCAAUGAGAGGCCGCCGUUCUACCUGGGAAGGGAUUACCUGGAGUCUCUGAUGGCCAGCCAGCACGUUGGGGACUGGGUCAAGAUCAGUGAAAUGCUACUUGGACCUGUACCGAAGAAUUUCAACUUCUUGCCCAAACACAAGGCCAAUGCUUACAAAUAAACUUUAGCCUGAUUGACAGAAAAGUUAUGUUGUAUUACGAUAACGUUAUGUUCAGAGGAAGCUAUUAUGUUCCGUUGGGAAAGGGUGAGUCGUGCUUUACCUGGAUAUGUAUUUUGAAAAUACUUUUCCAUGGAAUAAAAUGGAUGAUGUUGA